GUGUGUGUCUCUGCGCAGAGCGGAGUGUCGUAGUUUCACACAGACGCACAGAUGUUACCACUUUGACCUCCUCCUCCGUCACGUCUGGAUGCCCCCCCCCCCCCCACACACACACACACUGGUGCCUGAGGAGAAUGUGAGGAUGGAGCCAGACAUGACGGACGUACAUCAGAGAGGAGGAAUCAUCACAUGUCUUCAUCACAUUCUGCAGAGUAGCCUGCAAACCCAAAUCUAGUCCGACUCUGUGUCAGUCCCCACUGCUGUCUGCAAAGCAGUAUGAACGGCAGCGGCCCCUUCCCACUGAAUUCCUGUUCUAUACUUAACGAAGUCAGUCUGGUCAGAAGAUGCUGAUGAAGAUGGUGACGAUGAGGAGGAUCCUCCACGUGAAGGGAGAUGUGAUGUGCACGAUGCUGCUGCUGCUGCUGUUCUGUCUGCUGCUCUAUGCCCGCCAGGCCGUGCUCUCCUCUGGGUGGGACAGGCCUGUGUUGAAGCUGGAAAUUCAUGGCUCCACCAGCUCCAGCAGGACCUUGCUGGGCGCCAGUGGGGCCAAAGUAGGCCAGGAUUCUCCAGGGCAGAUCUCAUCCAGCCCUUCAGAGACACAGCUGCCUCCCUGCAAGCCCCAGGCCAAGUCCAAACCUCCUCAGCUCAAGCCAAAACCUCAGGUCAAAUCUAAGGGGAAAUCCAAGUCGCGACGGAAAAAUGCUGUGCCGACUAAAACCGCUGGCAAGCCCCUGCCCACAAUGCCACCAUUUGACUUUGAGGGCUAUCUGAGAGAAAAGGACAACAGAAACUUUAAGCUGCUCAUAGACCAGCCAGAGAAAUGUCACGUCGGAGGAGCAGAAGAAGAAGAAGCAGGAGGAAGUAAAGGUUCUACGACUGCUCUCCACAUGCUCAUUGCGGUUAAAUCCAUCCCUGCAGAUUUUGAUAAACGUCAGGUGGUACGUCGGACCUGGGGUAAAGAGGGACUUUUCCAAAAUGGUGUGACCAUCCGUACUGUUUUCCUGCUGGGGGUUCCCAGGAAUCGGACGGCUCUGCCUCUGUGGGAUCGGCUUUUGACCUACGAGAGUCAAACCUUUAGGGAUAUCCUGCUCUGGGACUUUGAAGACACCUUCUUCAACCUGACGCUGAAGGAAACACAUUUUCUGAAUUGGGUUAACAGCAGCUGUCCUCAAGUCAAAUUCAUCUUCAAGGGCGAUGCUGAUGUGUAUGUUAAUGUGGAGAAUAUACUAGAGAUGCUACAAGGGCAAAAGCCAGACAAGGAUCUGUUUGUCGGUGAUAUUAUUAUCCAUGCUAAACCCAUUCGCCGGCGCAGUUCCAAAUACUAUGUGCCAGAGUUUGUUUAUGGAGGGGGUUUGUACCCAAAUUACGCUGGGGGAGGAGGGUUUGUCAUGUCGGGACACACGGCUCGGAGACUUAGCUCUGCCUGUCAACAGGUGGAGCUGUUCCCCAUUGAUGAUGUCUUUCUGGGAAUGUGCCUCCAGCUGAUCGGCGUCCCACCAUCACGCCACCAGGGCUUUCGGACCUUCGGGAUUCCCCGUCCGUCUGCGGCGCCCCACCUUCAGACGUUCGACCCCUGUUUUUACAGGGAGCUCAUGGUUGUUCACCAGCUCAGUGUUCCUCAGAUCUGGCUCAUGUGGAACCUCCUGCACGACCCCAAACUGAGCUGCCACAACAGGACCAGCCCGACAUCCUGGCCCUUCAGGUGGAAGGACAAGAUGGGAGAAACAGCGGCGAAAGAGACGGACUACGGUGAGAAGCAGGUGUUCUUCACGCAUUAGUGACUCCCUGCAGGGCCGAGUGGGAACUGCAAGAGCCCUAGCGAGGACAAAAUGCUUAUAAAGCAGGAUCUGUGACCAAUUGAAAGGCUUGCGAGGUGUUUAAAAGCACAGUUGAAUCAUAUGAUCCAUGCUGGCAGAUCAUCUUUGCGGAAAUGAAUUGGCAAAGGCCUAAUGUGCUUCAGAUUGUUCAGGAAGGAAGCCCAAAGAGAAUUUAAGCUUUGCCAUCCGAGCAGAACUGUGUGUCCGUACAGUGAACAGCCAUGUAGCAAGACACCGACUCGCAACGAAGACUGUGAGAAGACUUUUGAAUGUGCAAUCCGCAGAAUGUAUUGUGUUAUAAUUGUUUACACAGAGACACAGUGAGAUCACAGUGGUUAGCCUGUUUAACCCCUUCCAUGCAGAGGAGCUAGGGCUGGUGAUGGCCGUGUGGACCGGGUGAGUGGAAAGACAGGAGAGACUUGUUGUGUUCUCACCGUGAAUCACUGGCAGAGGUGUUCCUCACUCUUAUGCUGGACGGAGGCACAGAUGGACACUCGCAUUAUCUGUUCCCUGGAGGAACAACAACAAAUGAGCCUAAAUGGAAACCAGCUGCACAGUGGUAACACACACAACACACACACACACACACACACACACACACACACACACACACUUUUAUUACUUUCAUUAUAAUGAUUUGAUUUGUAUGAUUCAGUUUUUUUUUCUCGUAAAAAACUCUUUAUCUCUUUACCGUCAUGUUUUCAAAAUGUUCAACAUGUAACAGUAAAACAUGUUCACAGACCUACACAGAUAUUAAGACAUACAUGUGUCUAACGGUGUGAGUGUUCAUGUGUUUGGACUUCAGUUGGUGCUCUUUUGUUUGCCCAGGCUAUGUGCAUGUCUCUGCAAUAUCUCAACAGAUUGUCAAGCAAUUUGAAACAGACAUUCGUGGUGCUGAGAGGUUGUUUGCUAAUAACUUUGAUGAUCCUCACUGAGGUGGACUGUUGUGGUUUUGAGUGAAAUGUCUCGACAGCUAUCCAAUGGAUUGCCAUCAAAUUUGGUAAACAUGUUCACGUUCCCCUCAGAAUAAAGUGUAAUAACUGGUGAUCCUAACUUUUCAGUUUCAACAAUGGAACUUGUCAAAUACUCUGGUUUAGCAUUAAAUACUUGAAACAGUUAUUACAUUAUGAUGUAAUGUAAUUAUAUUAAUGAUUUAGAAUUUGCACUCUAUUCAACUCAGAGGUCCAACAGUGUUUAAACAUCAAACUACUAAUUAGAUGGAAUUGUUAAAGGUGCCCUGUGUACGAUGGGGAUGUAUGGGGAAAAUGUGGAAAGCACAAUUAAUGCAAUGUGAACAGAGAUGUCUUAUAGUAAUGAUUGACAUGUCUGUGCAUCAGUUAUGUUUCUUUGAAUUGAUUCAUUGUGAUAUACAAAAAACAUCAUUAUGGCCAAAAGAUAAAAAUGCCCAUUCAGUUUGUAACGUAGGACUUUGAUAUCACUAACAAGUCAUUUCAUUUACUACACACUAUUGUAAAGUGAUUUUAUUUAGCUGACCCACUCAUUCUGCAUAAUAAUUAGCCAUGUGCUUCAUGUGUUGCAGGGAGAGUGUAUUUCCACAACCUUAACAUACAACAAAUGAAGCUCAGAACUUGUUUCUCCGUUUAAAAAAACCCAGUCCUUUUAUUUCAAUCCAUAUUCAUCAGUUUCAGAUGUAACGAGCUGUAUGUAUCAGCCAUAAGUUUCCAGGAAGAUUCAGUUUCUGAUUAUUCAAUGUCGCCCAGUCAGUGAGGGGCGAUGGGGGUCAGGCAGUUAUUGGAAUAAAAAUGUAAUUCAUGUGAUUUUGACUAUUUUUUAAGGAGGUAUUUUACAGUUUUGUGUCCUGAUGCGACAAUCAACCAAAAGUCAGCAAUAAAACUUUUGUUUUAAAUUAUUAGAAAACUCAGAAUCUCAUCAAAGACAAUAUAUUUAAAACGGAAGAUUUGUCACUAAUAAUAAUAAUAAUAAUAAUAUAAUAUAAUAUAAUCCUGUUAGAUUAAUAUUGCAAAUGUGACUUUUGACGUUGAGUAAACAAAGAAAUAAAAUCUCCCAAACUUUUAAAACAUCCACAUUUUUAUUGUUUUUUUUCAUAUCCUGGUUGCACACACAGAGAAUGAACUUUGAUGUCAAUGAAUCGUGAACACUUGAUUUCAUAAAUGUCGCAUUGGAGUUGUUGGAGGUCGCACAGCAGCAG